AUGAAGCGGAGAACGGACUUUAAGAGCAUAUGUGUGGCAACCAUCAUCGGGGUUUGCAGCGGGUACUACAUAUUCAACCCAAUUGUAGAUAAAAUGAAAGAUAAUGUCAAAAAUGUGAAUGAGAAAAGUGAAAAACCUGUAAAGUAG